UACACACUGUUUACAAACAUACAAGAACAAAUGAUUGGGUAAAAAAAAGGCAACAUUUCCAAACAAUGGAAAACAUACACGAAGAAGAUCAUGGAAAGCAAUCCAAAAAGACUCAUGGGCCAGAAAGUAACGGCGAAUCAACCCUUCUUCAAUCUACUUACGGGAAUGCAGUAAUGACAGAUGAUGAUUAUGUGGCAUGUUACUGGAUGCAGUUAGACAAAGCAGUGAGACAAUUACUUUAUCAACAACCAGGAGUUUCCAUCAGAAUAUCUUAUGAACAAAUGUACAGUUGCGUUUAUAAAUGUGUUUGUCAACAAUAUUCGGAGCGGAUGUACAAGGAUUUGAGGAGACUUAUCACUGCUUACUUGGAGGAUAAAUUCAUUUAUCUACAGAUGUGCACUGGGACCGAGUUUCUGAAGCAAUUCCAUUCUGUGCUCAAGCAAUACACCGUAGCUCUUGGAGGAAUAGUACCCAUAUUUACAUUUUUGAAUAGAUUUUAUAUCACUCAGAAGCUCAGGACAGAACUAAGACCAGAAUUGGAGAAAUUGUUUUUACAGAACUUAAAUACAACUAUAUAUCACGCACUAGUGCAGUUACACGAAGCGCAGGAAAAACCUUUCUCUGUGGAUCCAUCUAUUGCAUCAGAUAUAGUCCAUGGACUCUUCUCCUUUAAUCCAGAUUAUGCGGACUUACACCCAGGGCUGUUUGCUAAAUACAUUCCAAGUAUCUUGCCACCAUGUCUUAUAGAAAACAUCCCGGACUACAUCAAGGAAUCACAUGAGAUGAGGAUUCAACUUCUCUCUCAUCAAGAAUUUAACCGGUAGGUACUCUUCAAGAUGAAACUAGUUCUUAUAUAGCGCAUUUUACAAUAGCUCCUUGGGGAGUAUACAGCCCCAGCUGCUGUGGCGCUAAGAAGGCUUAGGUACUCUUCAAGAUGAAACUAGUUCUUAUAUAGCGCAUUUUACAAUAGCUCCUUGGGGAGUAUACAGCCCCAGCUGCUGUGGCGCUAAGAAGGCUUAGGUACUCUUCAAGAUGAAACUAGUUCUUAUAUAGCGCAUUUUACAAUAGCUCCUUGGGGAGUAUACAGCCCCAGCUGCUGUGGCGCUAAGAAGGCUUAGGUACUCUUCAAGAUGAAACUAGUUCUUAUAUAGCGCAUUUUACAAUAGCUCCUUGGGGAGUAUACAGCCCCAGCUGCUGUGGCGCUAAGAAGGCUUAGGUACUCUUCAAGAUGAAACUAGUUCUUAUAUAGCGCAUUUUACAAUAGCUCCUUGGGGAGUAUACAGCCCCAGCUGCUGUGGCGCUAAGAAGGCUUAGGUACUCUUCAAGAUGAAACUAGUUCUUAUAUAGCGCAUUUUACAAUAGCUCCUUGGGGAGUAUACAGCCCCAGCUGCUGUGGCGCUAAGAAGGCUUUUUUAUAAACAUUAUCAACCUCUACCCUCAAAAGUACCCAUUUAUACCUCUUGGUGAAGAGAAGCAUUUAUAUUAAGGCAUUUUGCUCUAAGACAUGACUGGGAUUCAAGCCCCUUAUCCAAUGACUUAACCACCUGAAAUUAAAUUUGACAUUCUAACUGCUUGGUCGUGACGCUCAUGACUCAAACAAAAGGAGCUUUCAAUUGUCAGUGUAAAAGGCACAAGGCUUUACCAAACCAUAUCUUUAAAUUCACCCAUAUAUUGAUGCAUGGAGAGCACUGUAGUACUUGGUGUUGUCUGAAUCCUGCCAGAAAAAAACCAAGGCUACUCGGGUGGGAUUCGGACCCAGGAGCAAUGCAUUUUGCAUCAGCAGAUGUCUUAACCACUAGACCAUUGUAUAGACUCGGUAAUGAGAGGUCAGUUUAAAUCCUAUAAUAAGCAGUGUGUACUACAGCACCAAAUCUACUGACACACUAGGGCAAACCUCUUCUUUUAGCGAUAAGUGUAACUGGGUGCAUUACAUAGGACACAAGACCCACGGCUCUACCUCUCAUCAGAAGGACACAGUUAUAAUAGUCAAGUGUCACAACUGGGACUCGAACCCACACUCUGCUGAUUAGGCACACCAGAGCUCCAGUCCGGUGCUCUAAACUGCUUGGUUUAGAAAAUGCUGCGAUGCAACCUUCUGCCAACUUAGAUGCGAUUAUUACAGCUUUGACAAAACCAGUCAUUGAAUAGUGGAAGGUUUGAGUUAACUUAUGUAUUCUCAUCACUGUUUUUAACUUUGAAUUCUACCUUUUGUUGUUUGACUUUUUGUAGAAAUAAUCAAUGUCAGAGGAAAAGAUGCAAUGAUGCAGAGACUACAAUGAAGAGGUGACACUAA